AAAAAAAAAAUUCGAGCGGAGCAGCCCUGAGCAAGGAAGGGGCAGGUGCACGUGAGGGCGGCGGGCUGUAGCGGAGGCAGGCUUACUCAGUCAGUCGGCGUUGGGUGCUGACUCCGACCACACCUCGCACCGCUAUGAGCACGCAGGUUACUCUUCUACUGGGCGUGUUGUGUACUGCGUGGGCGGGGGUGGGCGGCCAGACGGCUGCACACAUACCCGCCCACUUGGAUCCCGCGUCCUGCCCGCCCUCGUUUCCUCAACACCCUCUCAUCCUGGUGUCGAUGGACGGCUUCAGGGCAAACUACAUCAACAGGGGACUGACGCCCAACAUUCAGACCCUGGGGAGGCUGGGCGUGCGGGCGCCUUUCAUGAAGCCCUCUUACCCCACCAUCACCUUCCCCAACCACUACACCAUCGUCACCGGGCAUUACCCGCCCUCCCACGGCAUCAUCGCCAACAGGUUUUAUGAUCCGGAGUUCGAUGCAGUGUUUAGGAUCGGGCGUCCUGAGAGCUUCGAGCCCCGCUGGUGGGGAGGAGAGCCGAUUUGGAAGACAGUGGAGAGGCAGGGGAAGCGAGCGGCAACCUUUUUCUGGCCAGGCUCGGAGGCGAAGGGGCAGCGAGCUACCUAUUGGUUCUACUACAACGAGAGUAUUCCUUACCCGCACCGUGUUGACCAGGUGCUGGAGUGGCUGGAUUUACCGGAAGACAAGCGUCCCCUCUUCAUGACUCUGUAUAUGGAUGAGCCGGACAGCGCCGGUCACGACUUCGGGCCGGAUUCCACCCAGGUCAACGCAAAGCUGGCCCACGUGGACGAGAUGGUGGGCAGGCUGAUCAAGGGGCUGCAGGCCCGGAAGCUGCUGUCCUGUGUCAACAUCAUCCUGGUGGCGGAUCACGGCAUGGUGGAGGCAGGACAGAACCGCGUUAUACGUCUGGACCAGUACAUCCCUAACGUGGUCAACAAGACGAGGUUCUGGAGCGGCAUCUUUGGCAGGAUGACGCCCAAUGAUGGAAGAGAAGAGACAAAACUAUCGAUGAUGAAUGCUCUCUCCUGCCGAAGACCAGAACUGAGAGUGUACGAGAGGACUUCCCUCCCUGCCAGGUGGCACAUGGGUAAGCAGCGCAGGGUAGAAGACAUCGUGGUGGACCUGGACCCGGGCUUCAGUGUGGGCGGCGACGCUAACUUCAAAGCUGACGCAGGCGACCACGGAUACGAUAACUACUUCGCUGUCAUGAAUGCAUUGUUCGUCGCCCACGGGCCAGACCUGCGCCGCAACCUCGAGGUAGAGACUUUCCAGAACAUCGAGCUGUACAACCUGAUGUGUCACCUGCUCGGGGUUACGCCGGCACCCAACAACGGCACCUGGGGCGCCCUCAACCACCUCUUGGUCUCCCCGCCCCCCUUGCCGCAUCCCAGACCCGAGUUUCCCCCUCCAGUAGCGGCGGUGCCCUCAGAGGAGGUGCUGGACUACUAUAGACCCAAGCUGCUGUGUGAGGGAGACCUGCUGAAGGUGAGCGAGCUGCUGGAAGUGCUGGAGGAAGCUCAGGAGGAUGCGUAUAUCCUGACGGCGAAGCAUUUGCCUUGGGGUCCUCCGGAGAUGGGUCGCAACAGGGACUCCUCUCUCCUCCUUCUGCAACAGGACUUCGUUAAUGGCUAUUCCACACACCUUAGGCUGCCUCUGUGGUCUAGCUUCACUCUCGGGAUCGGCGCCACCAAUAUCUUCCAAUAUCCCUGGAGGAGUGACGUCAGACUGAAGGCUCAUCACAGAAUCUCCUGCAGCGAAUACAACAACCUGGCCAACCACGGCAUUUUCCCCCACCCUCUGUUCCCGCCAGAGUUCACUUCGAAGGCGGAAUAUGGACAGCUUGCCUUCCUCGCCUCCAACACGGUGCCCAUCUCCUCCUUCCUGGGCAGCCGCUGGAGGGAGCUGCUGGGCUUCGUGCACCACUGGGCCCGCCGCUACUCCACCGUCAAUGUGGUGCUCGGCCCCGUGUUCGACUACGACGCGGAUACCUUCGCUGACGACCCGAGCUCCCUCAGCCGCCGCUCCUCCCUGCCAGUGCCCACACACAUGUUCAUGGUAGUGAGCCGCUGUCUCCAAUGGGUUCACGACCUCUCUGACUGCCCCUACACGCAUGUCGACGCCCUUGCCUUCAUCUACCCGCAGCAGCUCGCUGUCUCCAACUGUCUGAGCGCCGAGAGGUUCGCGCAGGAGUUCAGCGCCAAGGUGCAGGACGUGGAGAAGAUCACGGGGCUGCGGUUCUUCUCUCACAUGCCGUACGAGGACCAGGUGAGGCUUCGCGUCAGGAUGCACUCCAACAUCUGGGGCCGGGAGUCAUGGGGGAACAGACUCCACUCCCGCGCCUAUCAUCUCUUUAAGUAGUAGUAGUAGAAGUUGUAGUAGUUGUUGUUUUAGUUGUUCAAGUGGUGUAAGUAGCAGUGGUGUAGCGUGGCAUCAUCGUCUUCCUCCUUGUAUGUGUGUGUGUGUGUGUGUGUGUGUGUGUGUGUCAUCGUAGUGUGAUCAUAAUUUUUCUUGUAUUCGUAUGUAUUUUAUCAUUACCCUCGCAUUUCAUUGUUUGUGUGUUUGUGCAUGUGUGCGUGUGCGUGUGUGUGAGUAUGAGUGAUGUAACAUGUACUGUACCGAUCAUAAUAUCUCGUUGAAUCAGUCAUGCGUAUUUUUGUCACUACAUUGAUGUUCACAACUGCAAACAACACUGUGCUGGUUGAGUGUAGCUGUAGUGCAUGAUUUUGUAAGUCGUGGCUGCACCCUCGGCACUGUUAGUAGUUGUCGUCUUCCUUGUCGUCUGCUCACACUAUAAUGUUGUAAUGGUGGCCAGCAGAGGGAAGUAAAAGGGUCUGUAUAUCUAUGUAGCGUAAUAUAUUGUACAUAAUCAUAACGCUAAGGAUUUUACACGUAAGUAUGCGUAUUGUAUCUUGUCACCAUUCUUUCUCUGAACUGUAUGUAUUUGUCUGUGUUCAGUAGCGGUGCUUCGGUGUCCAGGGGAGGCAGUGGACAAGUGGUGCAGUGCUGUGUUAUUACGGUGAAUGACGGAUUUAUAUUUGGUCGUCCCUCAAGAGCAUUGCCUCGCUUUAUUUGUUACCAAGUGUGUGUGUGUGUGUGUGAGAGAGAGAGAGAGAGGAGAGAGAGAGAGAGAGAGAGAGAGAGAGAGAGAGAGAGAGAGAGAGAGAGAGAGAGAGAGAGAGAGAGAGAGAGAGAGAGAGAGAGAGAGAGUUUUGGUUCGAGUGUUGGAUGUUGUGCUUCAAUAAAACAAGUCUUCGUCACCAAUCA